AUGGCGGCCUCCAGGAGCGGUUCCCAGAGGCCCAAACCAUCCAGUCUCCCAGGAGGUCUGAGCAUUUCAUGCCCUGAGGCGCUGUCAAGCUCGCCGUACUCCGACAAUGAGCGUCAGUGUUUCUCGGCUACUUCCCCCAUGGGACAGCAGCCAAAAGAUGCUUUCAAAAAAACCUCCUCCUACCUGCUCCGGCAGCUCAUUCACCGCUAUCGGAGGCUGGACGCUGAAGAAACCUGGGACGAGGACGAGGAGGAGGACCAAGUCGAGGACCAAGACGAAUCCGAGGCGUCCUCAGAAUCCGAAAUACAGAAUAUGGAGGGGGAAUUUGACGGGGUCCUGAGAGAGGAGGUGGUGGCUGAGGCACUGCACAAAUUAGGACGCUCCGGCGGUGGCACUGAGCAGGCCUACCUCAAUGUAACUUUAUCCGGCUGUGCUUUAGUGGACGUCAGCAUUCUCCGUGGAUAUGUUCACCUGCAGAAGUUGGAUCUUUCAGUAAAUAAAAUUGAAGAUCUGUCAUGUGUGAGUGGUAUGCCUUAUCUUCUAGAACUUAAUGCUUCUCAGAAUAAACUGACUACAUUCUUCAACUUCAAGUCACCCAAAAAUCUCAAGAAGGUGGAUUUUUCCUACAACCAAAUUUCUGAAAUGUCUGACUUGUCUGCGUACCAGGCGCUUACCAAACUAAUUCUGGACAGCAAUGAAAUUGAAGAAAUCAAAGGACUAGAGCUAUGCAGUAAUUUAACUCACCUUAGCUUGGCCAAAAACAAGAUCACGACACUUAAUGGCUUAAGUAUGUUACCAAUCAAAAUUCUCUGUCUGAGCAAUAACCAGAUUGAGAAGAUCACAGGUCUGGAGGAUCUAAAAGCCCUGCAAAUCGUGGAUCUGUCCAACAAUCAGAUCAGUAGUCUCCAAGGCUUAGAGAAUCAUGACCUCUUGGAAGUUCUCAACCUAGAAGAGAAUAAGAUUGCUGAGCUGCGUGAAAUAGAAUACCUUGAAAAUCUACCUCUCCUUCGAGUCCUCAAUCUUUUAAGGAAUCCAAUUCAGGAAAAAUCGGAUUACUGGUUCUUCGUAAUUUUCAUGCUACUGCGAUUAACAGAGUUAGAUCACAAGAAGGUUACAGUGGAAGAAAAGGUAUCAGCAGUGAAUAAGUAUGACCCUCCCCCGGAAGUGAUUGCGGCUCAAGACCACCUGACCCAUGUCGUAAACAGCAUGAUGCAGCCGCAGAGAAUCUUCUACAGCACCCUGCCAAGUCUGGAUGCUCCCUAUCCCAUGCUGAUACUGGCUGGUCCUCAAGCUUGUGGGAAACGAGAGCUUGCACACCGCCUCUGCAGACAGUUUAGUACCUACUUCAGAUACGGGGCCUGCCACACGACAAGACCACCGUACUUUGGAGAAGGGGACCGAGUUGAUUAUCAUUUUAUCUCUCAGGAAGUUUAUGAUGAAAUGCUACACAUGGGGAAAUUCAUUCUGACGUUCCGUUACGGGGAUCACAAUUAUGGGCUGAACCGAGACACCGUGGAAGGCAUUGCCAGGGAUGGCUUAGCAAGCUGUAUUCACAUGGAAAUAGAGGGUGUCAGAAGUUUGAAGUGUUCCUAUUUUGAGCCUCGCUAUAUCUUGGUGGUGCCCAUGAACAAGACAAAAUACGAGGGGUACUUGCGGAGAAAGGGACUCUUCAGUCGUGCCGAGGUUGAGUUAGCUGUCUCCAGAGUGGACCUUUAUAUUAAAAUUAACCAGAACUUUCCGGGAUACUUUGAUGCAGUAAUCAACGCAGAUGACCUGGAAAUUGCCUACCAGAAGCUGAGCCAGCUCAUUAGAGAAUACCUGGAUUUGACUGAGGAACCUGCCAAGGGCUUGGCACCAACCACAGAUAUUUCCACGUCUCACCUGAUACCCAAAGAGCCCUUUAGGAAGCUGUCAACGUUGAGUUCAAGUGACUUACUGGAUUCUACAGACAAAAAUUACAUUGUUAAAUUAUGUGCUACCCUUUCAGCCAAAACACCACCAGCGGAAAGACACUCUAUGCAGAGGCAGCAUGAGCGAGCCUGGCAGGCGCUAAUGGGAAAGACACCCCCAGAUCACACACUCCUUUUUCAAAGGGGUCCAGUCCGAGUACCCGUGCCUGUCACCAGCGAUCUGCAUUACUUCACAAAACUAGGAGAACUGCAGGAAGCCUCUGAGUUUUAUGAUGAUGAUUAUGCUGUAACUCCCUUUGGCUCAUAUUCCGAGGAGAGGAUGAAGCCAGGAAAGGAAAAUCCCAAAGGAAAGGACCCUGGAGGCAGGGAGAACAUUGCACUGCUCAAGUAUGCGGCUUUACGGCAGAGAAACUCUUCCCAGAGUGAAAAGCCUGCGGUGCCCAGCAUCUGUCGUCCUGGUUCCAACACCAAACCCAUCCUCCCUCCAAUCCCACAGGGUCGCAAGUAG